GGCUCGAGCCGGGGCGUCGCGCGGCCGCGAGCCGGGGCGGCGCGCGGCCGUGAGCCGGCGUGGAUGCGACCCAUCUUUGGAAAAAAAAAAAAAACAGAGGAAACAGAAGUAAAUGUGCCCAUACCUUAGCCCAUGCUUCUGCUUUCCUGCUGAUCCCACACCAACGGGUUUGGAUCCGGCCAUACUGUCAUACAUCCUCCCCAUCCUCCCCCGUCUUCUCUUCCCCUCUUCAGUCAUUUUCUCCGUCCUCUUUGCCAUUCACCUGAGCCAACCUCCCCCGCAAUCCCCUCCUCUCCGUCCUCGGCAUCUUACUCGCUACCCCUCUUCUCGCAUUCUUUGCCGCAUGGCACCACCACGGCCACCGACCUCCUUUGGCAGCACCUUUGCGCAGGUGGACUAAUGAAGCGUCGUUGACGUCGACUGCCCCCUCAGCUAUGCCUUCUACGUCCUGACGAGAAUGGCAUCGUCGCUAUCACCGACGGGGUGCUCUAAAAUGCCGUUCGUUUCCUCAACAUGGACAGCACCGGAAUGGCCAUGCCUCAAAGAAAACCAUGGAGUUCUUCUUUCCUUGGUUUUUUUUUUUGCUCAUUUCUUUUCUAUGGAAGGGAACAAAAAAAAUUGUUAUUGUGCUUCUAACAUCGAUUUCUUUACUGCUGCGAAUUCUCCAUCUUUAGAUCAAAUCAAGCAGCUGAAGAUGCCUCCGGCAAAUUCCAAACUCAAGCUAAUAAUGAUAAUGAUGAAAAAGAAAUCGAAAAGGAGGAGGAUGAUGAUGAGUGAGCAAAAUUAUUCGUAGUCACGGAACCGAAGUGAGAUAGGUGACGAAGUUUCAGUUCCCUUUAAUUUUAAUUAGUCAUUUUGUAUGCUGAAAAAUAUCAAAAUGUUAGAAUAGUUAUACCUCAGUGAAGAAAAUAAUAAAUCAUUCUAUGGGAUGUACAGAUUUAGCUCAAUACUCGGUUGUGUUACUUGCAAAAGUGAAUAGCAAUAGGAUUUUGAUUUGAUUUUCUGAUAUUUCUUAGCUGGAUUGUUAUAUAGGGAAUAAGUCUAAACCUGUGUGUAAAAAUUUUAUUACUAAUAUAUUAGUUGUUACAACUAUUUUCGUAAUUCAUUACAAAGCAUAAACAUUGGCUUCGUGUUCAUCACUACAUGUUUAGAUACUGUUUGAUGGAUUCACUGUUUAGCCAAAGUAAUAUUUUGAUUAUACUUUUCAAAUAGCUAUACCUUUAAGAAUUUUUUAUUUUUGAGUUUAUAUUUGUAUGGUGCUUUUCGAUGUUAAGAAUGAAGCAAAACAAUAUUAUUAUUUCAUUUCUACCAGCUGAUAUAUAUUGAGUUCAUUUUCAUUUCUAUUAGUCUAGGCUGUUUGAUAUAGUUUUACAAUUUGAUCAAAAAAGUAUUAGUGUUGUAUUUUCAAAUUGCCUUAUCUUUAAGGGCAUGUUUGGUUCAUGAUUGGAAUAGGAAUAGGAAAUGAAAUUGGAUUGCUUUGGAAUGGGAAAUAGAAGGAGAACAUGUUUCGCUACAAAAUUGUUGAACGGAGUAGCUGCUUCUUUAUAUCAACUCUCAUCCUCGAACUGCAAAGAAAUCGAAAUUCUCAAGCCAAGCCUUGGAUGCUGCAAUAAAUGUCAGACCAGUCUUUGUACAGAGAUUCAACAAUGUGUUCAUUGGAGUUCGUGGCUGCACAAUGUUAGAGUAAUUAGGAGGGCUGAUUUGCGCAGUGCACCAAUGAAUCACAGGAAUUGCUUUGAAGCUUUGGAUAGAUCAUUGAGGGAUAUUUUGUGUACCGGCGAAACAACACCCCCGGAUAAACUUUUUGGAGCAAAAUAUUGCGAAAUGGAAUAUAUAUCUCUAAAGAAUUUGACACUGACACAACAACAUGUCAAAAUCAAAAUCAGAGUCAGCCGAAUUUGGGAAUCGACAACGCCACAGCUUAAGAAAGAUAUUCUUAGCCUAGAUUGCCUUCUUAUAGAUGAAGAGGGAUAUGCAAUGCAAGCAACCAUUCGCAAACAUGAUGCAACCACUUUUAGAGCAUUAUUUUCUGAAGAUGUUAUCGGAAAUAUUGUAGCGACGGGUACAAUUUCUUUUACAUAUGUAGGACAAGAACGAACUGCAAUAAGAAAAUUGCAGAUUGGAAACUUAGAGGAUGAAACAUUAUCCGUGACAUUAUGGGACAAAUUUGCUAUUGAUUUUAAUGAUAACCAGCAUCAGGAAAAAGUCGAUGGUCCAGCUAUUGUUGUUUUUGCAAGUAUGAGUGUGCGAACCUACAGAGAUCAGCUCUAUAUAUCAACAUGUUCAGCAUAAAAAAUCUACAGCAAUUUGGAAACACAAGAAGUUAUGGAUUUUUGCAAUAAUUUGUGCAGAAGACAAACACCAAUUGCACCGAUACAACAUAUCAAAUCUUUAAAUGAGCCAAUCCUCAGUCCUUAUGAACAAAUAUCCAGAAAUCGCAAGACUAUUGAUAAACUACUGAAGUUAAAUCCAGAUGAAUUAGAAAAUUCGAAAUACACUUGCAAAGGAAAGUUGGCGACAGUAGAUACAACCUAUGGUUGGUGGUAUAAAGCUGUUAUGAUUGCAAAGGAGCAGUGAAGGACUAUAAUGAUAGUUUUUGGUGCAGUCAAUGUGGAAAAAAUGAUCAGGCUCCUAUUCCGUGGUACAAACUAAAUGCUAUUGUCGAGGAUGAGACAGGAUCGGCAAACUUCACAAUUUUUGGCAAAUUAGCACAAGACCUAAUACAUGCGCCUGCUCAUCAUCUUGCAACUGCAAUCAAUUCAGAUCGAAAUAUUCUGCCUACUGCUAUAAAAAAUAUUCUCGGUCAAACUUAUAUUUUUCAAGUCUUAGCCGAUUCUCGAAAACAUAAUAUUGGUGUGCCAUCAUUUAGAGUUGCAAAAAUUUUUGCACCUGAUUUAGAUACAAAAGGAAAAGGUAAACAGGUCAGCACAAAUACUGAAAUAACUGAAGAAGUAACUGAUACAACUGCAAUUGCUACUGAAUCUCAUUAUGGAUUAAAUGAAGUAUCACCUGAUCUAACUGUGGAAUCAUUGAUUACACAACCAAGCUCAGAAAUGCUUCAACUGAACAAAAAAAAAAGGCCUUUUAGGUAAAAUAAAAAUAAUAAUGAUUUUUUUUUCCUGUUUUCUUUAUACUGUUAACUUUUUGUGUGACAAUAUCGCUAAACUUUUACUAUUAUUUUCAAUUACAUUGAAGAUUCUACAUCCGACAGAGAAUGAAGCCUAUUACUAAGUAGUAUAAAUAUUAUAUAUCUUUUUAAGGAAUAUGUUUUGAUAAAUAGCGUGUACUUAUAUUUCUUUUUAAGAAGUAUGUUUUGAUGAAUAGUACACACUGUGCUCAGCAGUUACUGCUUUAUUAAGUAUUUGCUUAAAUACCAGACACUUGUAUUAGUAUAUCAAUACUUAAAUUGGAUUCAUCCUGUAAACUCUCUCUUUCCACUCAAACAAUCCUCUGUGGAAUUUUAUUA